CCUGUGAAGCCAUUCGCACCUCGGAGUCCUACAGCAGUUCAAAAUUUCCGCAAAGUUGUUGAAAGUAUUUUCUGUUAAAUUUUCGGACAGUUUGUUAAGUUUAGUGCUUGUUGGUUACGUUUUAAGUUGAGGAGUACGCAAUGGCCGACGAAGACCAGCGCAUUCGCGACAUCCAGCGGGACUAUCUGGACUUUCUGGAUGAUGAGGAGGACCAGGGUGUGUAUACGGCCCACGUCCGCAAGAUGAUCACGGACAGCGCCAAGCGGUUGGUGGUCAACGUGAACGAUCUGCGCCGCAAGAAUCCGGAUCGGGCCAAGGCGCUGUUGAACAGUGCGUUCGACGAGCAGCUGGCCUUUUCGCGAGCGCUGAAGGAGUACGUUUCGACGGUGGAUCCAACGUACGCCAAGACGCAUGAGGAGUUCUUUGUGGCGUUUGAGGGAAGCUUUGGAAAUAAGCACGUUACGCCGAGGUCGUUGACGUCGAUUUUUUUGGGGAAUUUGGUGUGCGUGGAGGGAAUCGUUACGAAGGUGUCGUUGAUCCGGCCGAAGGUCGUCAAGAGUGUGCACUAUUGUGCGGCGACGAAGAAGGUCAUGGAGCGACGGUACACGGAUUUGACGUCGUUCGAGGCGGUUCCGUCGAGUGCGGUUUAUCCGACAAAGGACGAUGAUGGGAAUCCGCUGGAGACGGAGUUUGGCCUGUCGACUUAUAAGGAUCACCAGACGCUGACGAUUCAGGAGAUGCCCGAGAAGGCUCCGGCUGGACAGUUGCCGCGUUCGGUUGAUGUGAUUUGCGAUGAUGAUCUGGUUGAUCGUUGCAAGCCUGGAGAUAGGGUUCAAAUCGUGGGGAAUUAUCGUUGUCUGCCUGGGAAGCAGGGCGGUUACACUACGGGCACGUUCCGGACGAUCUUGAUUGCCAACAACAUCUCGCAGUUGAACAAGGAGAGCACGUUGAGCGUUUCCCGAGAGGAGAUUAACCUGUGCAAGAAGUUGGCCAAGAACAACGACAUUUUUGAGGUGUUGUCGAAGAGUUUGGCCCCGUCCAUUCACGGUCACGAGUAUGUGAAGAAGGCCAUUUUGUGCUUGCUGCUGGGUGGAAUCGAGAAGAACCUUUCGAACGGAACGCGCCUUCGAGGAGAUGUCAACGUGCUGCUGAUCGGCGAUCCCAGUGUGGCCAAGUCGCAGAUGUUGCGCUACGUGUUGAACACGGCUCCGCGGGCCAUCACGACGACGGGUCGAGGUUCCAGCGGUGUCGGUUUGACGGCAGCUGUGACCACCGACCAGGAGACGGGCGAGCGUCGGUUGGAGGCCGGUGCCAUGGUGUUGGCCGAUCGCGGCGUCGUUUGCAUUGACGAGUUUGACAAAAUGAGCGACAUCGAUCGAACGGCGAUUCACGAGGUCAUGGAGCAGGGCCGGGUGACCAUUUCGAAGGCGGGAAUUCACGCGUCGUUGAACGCGCGCUGUUCGGUGUUGGCCGCGGCCAAUCCGGUGUACGGAAGGUACGAUCAGUACAAAACUCCGAUGGAAAACAUUGGCCUGCAGGACUCACUACUGUCGCGUUUCGAUCUGCUGUUUGUGCUACUGGACGUGAUCGACGCCGACCACGACCGGAUGAUUUCGGACCACGUGGUGCGGAUGCAUCGCUACCGCAGCAACAAGGAACAGGACGGCGACGUGCUGCCGAUGGGCGUCAGCGCGGUGGACAAUCUGUCCACGAUCAACCCGGAAGAGCGCGAAAACAAGGAAACUCCGAUGUACGAAAAGUACAACGAGUUGCUGCACGGAAGCAGCCGCAAAAAGAGCGACAACAUCCUGUCGGUAGAGUUCAUGCGCAAGUACAUCCACAUCGCCAAAUGUCUCAAGCCGAAGCUGACGGAAAGUGCUUGCGAACUCAUCUCGAACGAGUACUCCCGACUACGGUCGCAAGAUCUGAUGGACUCGGACGUGGCCCGCACCCAACCCGUCACCCCGCGUACCCUGGAAACCCUCAUCCGUCUGUCAACGGCCCACGCCAAGGCCCGAAUGGCCCGCACCGUCACCGACAAGGACGCCCAAGCCGCCAUCGAGCUCAUCCAGUUUGCCUACUUCAAAAAGGUGCUCGAGCGCGAGAAGAAGAAGCGUCGCCGUGCCGAGGACGGUUCCGACGGCGAAGAACAAGCCGACGCCGAUUCCGAAGAGGAAACCGAAGCCCCCAGCACGCAAGGCUCCCGAACCUCCAGCCGACGCGCCAAGCGAACCCGCAUCGACGACGCCGACUCCGACACCGAAGAGCUCGUCUCGCCACCUCCGGACGCCGGUGACCUCACCCGCCGUCAAACCCUCUCCGGCCCAAGCACCUCAGCACCGACAACCGCAACCGCAAUGGACUCGGAAGACACAGCGGCCACCGCAACCGAAGUGCAGGAAGUUAGCGAGGAGCGGCUGAAGCUGUUCAAGCAGGGCGUCAACCAGGCGUUCCGGGCGGCCCGGGAGCAGUCGCUGGCGCUGGACCGGCUCGGCAAGUACAUCAACGAGAACAGCGGCGCGGAGGCGUUCACGCAGGGCGAGAUGCGGGCGGCGAUCGAGCGGAUGACCGAGGACAACCAGAUCAUGAUGGCGGACGAGAUUGUGUUCUUGAUUUAGGGAAGAGUGGGUCUUUUUUUCAUGAUUAUUUUUUUAUUAUUAUUAUUACUAUUAUUCCUCAACGUGUGUACCUAACAGUUGUUUACUUUUACAUGAUUGCAUAAUAAAAACUACUU